AUGCGAAGAUGCAUCUGCUGUGACGCCGUCAUAACUGAGCUGCUGAGUCGUGCGUCACUCCGCGUGCAGCGUCGGCGACGCGGCGCCAGUGAAAACGAGGCGAAGAAACAAGUCUUCAGGGAUGUUCUCACAAUGUCACUUCUUCGCAUUGCGGCUGCAACAAGAGGCGGUGGGGCUCCCGUGCAGGCAGUACGUGACGCUCCUCCUCGCAGAGAGUGGCAGGCCAAUGAUUGGCACUCUUCUCUGAGUGACAAGGCGAAGAGCUCCUCAGGUACAUCGGCAGAAGGGACGCCGCGUUUUCUGAGGGCGUUGCUCCUGAAGAGCAGGAAAGAGAACGCCGUAGUACACGAUGCGAAACGAGUCCCUCACGCCCCCACCGCGGCGAAAUUAUUGACGGAUGCGGAGGAUGGUCUUUGUGCUUCAGAAACAUUGUCCUCCACAGCAACGGAGGGAGCAGAUGCGGUAGGUGCGGUUGCGACUUGGUAUGCCGCGUUUCAGCUCUUUAGUGAAGCCGUGGAGCAGCAUACGGUUGUUCCAUCCAUUGAGCAUAUUAACGUUCUGUUGGGCAUCACUGUUCGUGAAAAACGUUGGCAACAGAUGCAGCAGCUGGAGAUGUUUCUUGAAAAGAUUCUCGUUUCUGAGUGUGGUAUGUGUCUGAGCGAGACGCCGUGUAAAAUGGACUCCAUUCUUGAUGUCAGUGGCUCUCAACAAACGGCCUUUCCACUGCAGCCUAAUUCUGAGACGUACGAGUGGCUGAUGGCCGCCGCGGUCUCUCGGGGAGACUGGGUAGAGGCACUGAGGUGUUUUGACGACGUGCGAGAUGAAUACUUACCUGUCUCCGAUAGUUUGUUGAAACUAGCACUGGAGGCUUAUCGUAUUGGAGGCGUCCAUUCUCUCAUCGACCCCGGCGGCAAUGGUCACACUAACAAGAAGACGACACUUGCACCGCUGCGGACGGAUUAUCGGGGGCCAUUUCUUCAUUGUGCAGCAUCCGCACGACCCGCUUCCACCUCUCACGGAGUACGAACGAAACCCGCGGCGGCUAGUUAUCUAUGGGAAGCGGCGCUGAUGCUCUUUUCGUCCUUUCUGCAUCGUGUGCAGGAGAGCGAUACGGUGGCACUAUUCAUGUCAAUGAUGGCAGAUGCGGGAAAGCAUCAGGUAUUGCUGGACACGUACCGUGACCGCAGUCGCACGGUGAAUUUCGGUGAAGAAAUUUUGCCUCUUGUAAGCAAUGCGUCCCGUGAAGUUGGCGACUGGGCCUUGAAUUUGUGUCUGCUUCAGCACAUUUUGGCAUCCCCCGCCGACACGGAGCGGGCGGCUGUGGGAAGGCAGCUCUUGGUGGAUGCCCUCCUCGUACUUCGGAGGACGCAGCACUACCAGAAGAUUAUUGGGUUGCAUGUGCAGGUCCCAUCCAGGAUGUGGACCUCACGUGCCCGGGUGAUGGUGGCGCAGACCGCCAUGGUGCAGCGAGACCUCCCCCUGCUACUUUGGCUAUUUGAAGAGGAGGAAACAAUGAGAGUAGAAACGAACAGGGAUGACGAUGGUGGCAGACGCACGUCACACAUUAUGGAUACGGGACUCUGUUAUCCUUUUGGGAUUGCCGCCGUCUCACCCGUAUAUCCCUCGUUCCCAGUAGAGAUGUACGACAUCGCUUUGCGUACCAUUCAAUUGGAACUCAUUCACCGUCGAUUUCACUCCACGCCAUUGAGGGAAUCUGCUGUGUCACGUCUAAAUAUCCCUCAAGACCUGGCAGCGCUUUCCAUUGCUAUUUAUGAGAAGUUUCUCCGGGACUCAAAGCACCAAAUUUCCACAAAUGAAGGUGUUCCUUUCGAUGCGUCCCUCUCCGUUUAUGCGCCCUUUGUGAAGCUCCUUCAAACAUCUGCUAAUGAGGGUGCGGGUGUUGGUAGAUGCACGAAUGGUUUACCGGAAGGAAUAUGGGAGAAGGCCCUUUCCCAUGUGGCGCUUAUUCGGAGACCUGAUACUAUCGUUGUGAGCCUCGUCACUCACUUGUUGCAAAGAGAAAAUCAGUGGGAAGCUGCAUUUAAUCUCUUAUCACAUGUUAUUCGUAGUGAAGAAGUGUCACGUGAGGCAGAUGGUCCUAGUCGUCGUCGUCAUUCCCGUCUUUCUUCUCCAAAUGGCGUUAAGGUGGAUGAGGCGAACCACUCCGAUCGUUACACCUGCACGGCCAUUACGGCAGUGGCAAUUCGUUACGCCGUUUGGAGUGCAGUCCGUCAACCUUCCGCUGCCGUGCACUUAACCCAACGUGCACUUGCCACGGGCUGGAUUGACGGCAGUAUGGCAAUGCAGCUUCUCGAGGGUGUCGAAGGUAUUCUGGGCAAAGAGGAGCAGCUUCAGGAUCACUGGCAGGACCACGAUGGAAAUCUUUCAUAUGCCUCCAACGAUGCCGUCCACGCUCUUCUCAAGCUGGUUGCUAUGCAUGACAAAAGAGAAGGUGGAUUAGGAUCGUUUGGGUCGCUCUUUUUAAAAACACUGCAGCUUCUACAACAGCUGCAAACGCGGGUUGAGCCGCCCACUUCGCUGCUCUCUGACUUAACGGGAAAUCUAGAGGAGGUUGUUUCUGGGCUUGCGAAGGAGGGAAACGAUGAGCUUCGCGCCAAGGCAGAACUUGUCGUGCCAGUAGUGCUGCAUGCUGUUUGGCAUCAAAUAAGCAUGUCGCAUAUGAGUCGGUGGACUCUUUGGCAGGAGUGUUUACGGUGCCUGCGCUGGUUUUGCAGCCCGCUGUCGCAGCAUUCAUCAUUUGUGCUGCAGGCAAAUGAAUCCACACUAAGAGUUCUCAGGGCUUUCAUACGGCGUUGUGAUCGACCCGAAGAGGGUUUUGUGGAGAGUGUUGCUGUGAGCUGGUUGUUGGUCGAGGCCUCACCUUCUGCUCUCGAGAAGCUCCUCUCAUUGCUGGAUUUGUUGCCCGAUCUCGUGGACCGCGCAGUGUGGCUGUCGCACGAACUUCUUUUGGAUGCCCUUGUAUGGUGUGGCCGACAUCGUGUGAAGGGUUUGCUGCGGCGUCUUGCACGCAUCCUCUUGCCCCUGUUUUUGAAAAUCCUCCAGCGUGGGGUGAACAGCACCGCAAGAAAAGCAACGGAGCCGCGCCAUUGCCUGCGUUCCGAGACGCUGACGGCGCUGACGGUUGCUGUUCAGUGCCUCACCAGCGGGCCCCACGAAGAGGUUCUACACGACUGGCCGUUGGUGCAUCAGUUGUUAUCACUGCUGCUGCAAGCCAAUGAAUUUAUCACUGCCGCCGACACAGCACAAACGACAACACCUGGAAGAAUAACUGCCCUUGCGGAGAGUUUGGCAGCCGUAUUAGACAAACUGCGUCGCACAUUUCAUUUUCUCACCAUGAAGAUCUCUCUUGAUGCACACCGACGCCGUAGUCAAGGGAGUGAAGGAAUAUCUUUUUCUCGUGACGAUGAGGCGAAGCAUCUGACGAGUGUAUUGGAAAGUGGUGCAAUCGAGUACAUGGAUCUUUGCGAGGCAUUUGCGCAGCGUUUUUUUACAGAAGCGGGUGUUGAUUGGAUGGCACUUGGUGCGGAAAUGGCGGCGUGUCUUGAGAAGGUCAUGAACUGCGUUUGGGAUGUCAACUACACUUUGUACGUUUGGUACACAACCUUUAGCCCUUUUCAAUCCGGUAGCAGUGUGUUGAAACCGCUGCAAAAGCGUUACCGCUGGCUCAUGUGCUUGUGUGUUUUAUUUCUGCCUGCGUCAUGCAUAACCCCCUUGCGAGUCGGGCGUUGGUUGGUUGUGAUGAGCGGUGAUGGAGAGUCAGCAGCCACACUGACGCAAUCUGAAAUAAAAGGAACGGAAACAGAGAAGAAUAUGAUUGCUGCGUUAUUGCAUGACAUCACGACACUGGAGGCGUGGCAAAGAUGUCAGUUCACUACAAUUUCACACGGUGGGGAAGGGUCAUGCCACCAAUCGCGGCAGUUGAUUGUGCCUCUUGUUCUAGAGGCCAUCCACAGCAUCACCAUUGGGGUAUCGGAACAUGUCCCUUCUUCCUUCUCCCAACCCACGACGAACUUGGCUGCUGCGGCCGUACGCGAGGCGCUUCCUCCGCUUAAAAAUGGUUGCUCUGCACGAACACCUUUUGAUGAUCACAUAGCUCUUGUUUCGCCGUGGCAAUUGCGAACAAUGCAAAAGGCUGGGUGUACACUCAUUUAUAUGCUGCUCUGUGAAGGGCAAGCGGAGCUGCCGCAGAUGGCACAGAAAGCCAUGUCUUGGUCCUGUUGUUCACAUGCGCUUUUGGAAGUCAUUGUGAGCGCAGCUCAGUCCACAUCGGCCGAAACAUUUAAAGCUCUGUGGACUCCGGUUGCCCUUGUGGAUGUAUUUGGUCUGUUGAAAGCACAGAAUUGCUUCUGGGCCUUAUUUGGUAGGCCGCAAACUGCAGGAGGAAGUCAAGCGUCAAGGGUGUUGAGCCUCCUUACAGCUUCCCCCGCUGUUCGUGCAGCCACUCGAAUGGAUGAGGAUAUUUGUACCGCUGCAUUGCUAGCUUUGGAUCCGGUAGACGUCAUGGGAGACGCUGAACAUGUGGUUGCCGUGAGACACACCGUGUGUCGUCUGCUUGCCGCUUUUCCGAAAAUUCUGGAGAAGCGGUUGCUCCUUCUCUUGCUAGCAGGACAGCUCGACGACCUUCAAUUGACUGUGAUGGAUAUCCUCUUGCAGCACAUCGUCAAAGUCACCGGCGGACGCUCACUUGGCUGCAGCCCAACUCUCAUGCGUUCCAUUGCCAUGUGGUUGCUUCUUCGUCCUCCCUGCGUUGCCCCUUGCGUCAUGCCUUGUAAUGCCGCACCACUGCAGAUGUUUUCAGACAUUAUGAUUUCAGGCGAGUUACGUUCUGCAGACCACGAUCGUCGAAUGACAGGGACGAUGAUGAGGAAAGAACAAGCACAAAAUGUGUCGUCGUCUUCCCGUGAAAAGUCGGAGGAGAUGAUGAAGGCGGCUCACAUCCGUCGUUGGCUGGGGUGGGAAAAGGCGGUUCAGCUGCUCAAUGACGCUCUUCAGGCUGAAACGCCACAUGUGGACCUCAAUAAAGCGUUUUUCGGAGCGAUGGAAAUUUAUGGGACUUAUGUCUCGAGGCGGUGGGAGGAUGAUUUUUUUAAGGCGCUUUUGGAACAAAAUAAACGAAAUCCUUCUUCUUGCAACCACACGAGUUCUCUUCGUCGGUUAAUGGGAGAACUUAUCGAUCAUGUGGCAUAUGCGCCUUCACUUCAGCAGUCACUCUUCCGGCAUGAACCUGUUGAACCUUCGGAGUUGCGUCAAGUCGGAGAAAAGCUUUGGAAAUGUCUUGGGAUGGCGUGCAAGGAACAGACAGUCACACAUGCAGAUGUGUGGAAAUCGGUAUUUGUCCUACUUCAAAGAGUUUUGCAGAAUAAUCUCCCCUUUUCUUGUCAAGACACAGGGGAAUUGGUGUUUUCCUUAUUCCCCGUGAAUUGCUUGAUGGUUGAGCGCCUUGUUCCACAUCUACUGCGCCAUGGAGUGGUGCGGAAUCCUUCAUUGCCGGAGAAGCAAGAGAGCGUUGUGGAUAUACCACUUGUAGCCUCCUCAAUGUUGCUCAUGUUAGAGAUGGCGUUUCCAGGUCGUGCCGUAAACAUGGUUCUUUACAGACUGUACGAAAAAGUUCUUGGGGAGGAGGCUGGAUGCGAUAGUGGUAGUGUCACUCCCCCUCUUUCUUCGUCUCCUGCACCUGUGACAUCACGGCAAGGGGCAUGGAGGUCUCUUAUUGAGUGUGCAGUCUACUUUCUGACUCUACCUGGCCUGUUGGACGGGAGCAUCACCGAGAACAUUUCCACAAGUGGAGUUGCUGCUGGUAAUAACAAUAAGGGCAAUAAUGCUGCGCGCGUACGGGAUGCAUUCUCGACAACGGGAGCGGUAGUCGGACUUGUUUUUCGUUUUAUUUGUGACGAUGCGGUCUAUGUCCUAUCGACGGAUGAUAAACUUUCCCACAUGAGGGAAGAUAACAUGCAGGAGUGUCUUUUACGUCUCUUGGAGCUCUCUGGACGGUGUGUGGCUUCUUUGGCAACUGAGUUGUUGUUGUUGAGUGGAACGAAGAGAAUGGAAGAAGACAGUGCCGCCAUGAAACGCAUCGUUGCGCUUUUUCUACAAUCUGCACUGCUGAUGGGGUCGUGGCGGGACAUUUACUGGCUGUCGUCGCGGUUGUUGGUGUCAGUUUCGGCGACAUUGCAACUCCAGCGAGGGGAAGAAGCAAAAAGUCUAUUUGUCUCCUCGUGGUGUUGGAUUGUUGGAUGUCUGCCAGCCAUGGUGGCCGGCUCAUCUCGCACCUCUUCUAGUCUUCACUCGCAGGUCACUGCCCUUCUCAAGAUGAUACCGGCGGCAUUUCUUCAGCAGAAUUAUUUGGCUACCGCUGCCGCCAUCGUGGACAAAAAGGUUUUCGGCGAUGGUUGUGUCGAGGCGCGGCAGCGGCAGCUAUUUUAUGAAUUCCUUAUGAGGCUGCAUGAGCGCAUCCUACUCAAGGCGGAAACGACGUUGCGAGACGAAGGAAAGCGGGCGGCGUCGUUCACAAUGCGUCUCUCUGUAAUACGGCCGGUGGUGCAGGUUGGGGUGCUUCUUGGGCUGCACAACGUGGGAGCCGCGGAAGCGGAAAAAUUGCGGUCUUCACUUUUAUUUUUUCUCGCAGACGAUCUUCAAUGGCGACGGUUGCUGGAGGCUGUCAAGGCCGAGUGCAAAGAGGCAACUACUUCGAAAGAUUUGUUAAAAUUGGACGCGGCGAAUGGCGGGUCUGCGGUACCAAGUUGGCAGGUUGCGCUUGAACUUCUCUGUCUCGCUGACAAGGAGCUGUUCCAGACGCUUUCUCUGAAAAAUGGUGAACGCAAAGCAGGGGCGGAAGAGAUUCAGAAAAUAAAGGAUGCCCUGCAUGUUUUCCACGUAUCGUGCUUUGCGCAAGCCGUGCCAUGGGAGGUUGCCAUCGAUUUGUUCCGUCGGGACGAUGGACCGCCGCACACGGCACUCGUCUUUCCUGCCUCUUACACUGAGCAGCUGAUCCGUCAUUGCCCUUCAUGGAGCAUGGCCCUGGAGCUUUUUAAGUACUCAUUAUCCAGAGUGCCACAUCCAACAAAAGUGCAGCAGCUUUUGGCGUACCUAAUCCUUUAUCGUAUGCGUACAGAUCCCACAUGGGGGAAGGAGGGGCAAACAUUGUUACCUCACUCUUACAACAGUGGUGGAAAAGAAGUUGGUUUGCUUUCUUGGGAAGUAGCCUGCUGGUGCUACAAUCAGUUGACACAAGAUCGGGCGGCUCCGACUCUGCCGCAGCGGAAUAUGAUUGAGAUACUGCGCCAUUGUGUAUUUUCCCCCUCCGCUGCGCUUUCAAUGUAUGAAGCGUACUGGAAACAAGAGUAUCGUCUCACGGAAGGCGUGAAUGUUUUUCUUUCUCUUUUGCGAGCGGCACGCCUAGCACGAAAUGAGGAAUUAGUGUUGCGGGCCAUGUGGGACUACAUCCGCUGCUGCGAUGAGCAUGACGGUGUGAUCUCCAAAACGAGCCGUGGGCCUGUCAGGCAUCACAUGUUCACGGCAGGGGGAAAUGCCACCCUUUGUCGUUCCUUCACGCAUGUUUGCGAGAGCAACAUUGUGUCUCGUCAGGCUGCAAUGGAAUUGGUCACGGCGCUGAAACAGCGAGGUCGUAUUGGUGAGAUGGAGGAGUUGUUGAUGGUUACAUCGUAUUCACGAGGAGUUGCCGAUGCCACUGAAGAAAGAGCCAGGUGA